CGACUUCUUCGGAUCGAGAACCAAGCCACCGUCAUGGCCUCCACGUGCCGCCCCGUCCUCCUCUCGCUCCUCCUCCUCACCGCGCCGGCGUUCGGCUCGACGCUCCUCCCCGCCGCAGCCGGCGGCCCCGGCCCGCCGGCGGGCACCAGCGUCCCGGUCCCGGCCCAGCCGAGCGCGUACGAGAUGCUGGAGGGGUUCGGGUUCCCGAGGGGCAUCCUGCCGGAGGGCGUGACCGGGUACACGUACCGCGCGUCGGACGGCGCGUUCGAGGUGUUCAUGGACGACGGGGACUGCGAGUUCGAGGUGGACGGCGGCUACCGCCUCACGUACCGCCGCAGGGUCCACGGCAACGUCGCGGGCGGCAGCAUCCGGAACCUCGGCGGCGUCUCCGUCAGGAUGUUCCUCUUCGACUGGAGCAUCGACCGCGUCGCCGUGGAGGACGCGGCCCGCCUCGUGUUCUACGUCGGCCCGCUCUCGCAGGAGUUCCCCGCCGAUAACUUCGGGCAGUCGCCGCGGUGCCGGCGUCGUCGCCGAGGUAGCGGGAACGGCGGCGGCGUGGCGCCGAUGUAGGGUACCGUACGUGGCAUCGGGUAUGUACAUACAUGUACGUGACGGAGGCCGGACGAGAGAAUCAGACGAUGGAGAUCGUUGAUUCAAUUGUACGUGUACAGAUUCAACUUCGUGUUUUUGCAAUGAGACGCUUCAAUUAUAUU